ACAGUGAAAGCUCAAAGCCAUUUUGCGCUCCGUGACGUCAUCGUACUAUACAGCCACGCGCAGAGGGGGAGCGAGUGUAUUAAACCCGGACAGAAUGUGAGCGCGUGAACACGAGUAGUGUUCAGAGAAUGCAACGAGCACAGCAUCGCCUUCAGUUGGAUAUUGUUUUGGAAAGAAGAGAUUUGGUGAACGUGACGAUGAAGCGCCCUCUGCUGGUGCUGGUGCUUCUGCAACUUGUGCUCGAGACUCAGGCGUUUCGAUACUCCAGCAAUUAUUAUUAUCAGGACUUAUCAUCUGAUGGCAACGGAAACGGAGAGAUAUACUUCAGUGGUGUGCGUCUUCACGUGGAAUCUCCACAAACUUUGGUGUCUGCUGUACAAGGAGGCAACGUGACUCUUCCGUGUGUGUACCGCUACGAGCCAGAGGUCAGUUCACCUCGCAGGACAAGGGUGAAGUGGCUCUGGCAGCCGAACACAGGUGAAACAAAAGAGCUGCACGUCAUGGUGGCUUUGGGGUCCCACCACAGGAGUUACGGCGACUUUCGGGGUCGCGUUCGUCUCCGCCGGAGCACUCCAGGAGACGUGUCUCUAGUCAUCAACCCGCUGCAGAGCGAUGACACGGGGCGAUACCGUUGUGAGAUUAUAGACGGCCUGGAGGACGAGAGCGUCACUGUGGAGCUUCAGUUUCGGGGCAUAGUGUUCCCAUAUCACUCUCCCAUGGGUCGCUACAAGUUUAACUUCCAGGAAGCUAAAGACGCAUGUGAGCAGCAGGGUGCUUGCCUAGCCACCUUUGAACAGUUGUUUGAAGUCUGGGAUGAAGAAAAGCUUGACUGGUGCAAUGCUGGUUGGCUGGCUGAUGGUACGGUACAGUACCCCAUAGCCGUGAGUCGGGAUGCCUGUGGUGGAACAGACAUGGCACCGGGCGUCAGGAACUACGGUGUUCGCCACAAAACCAUGGACCGUUUUGAUGCAUUCUGUUUCACUUCUUCAAUCAGAGGUGAGGUUUACUUCCUGCAGCACAAGAUGAAGCUGAACUUCUCUGAGGCAGUAGAGGAGUGUGUGCAGGAUGGAGCUGAGAUUGUUAAAGUGGGUCAGUUGUAUGCAGCGUGGAGGUUUGCAGGGUUGGAUCAGUGUGAUGCUGGGUGGGUGGCUGAUGGCAGCGUGCGGUACCCCAUCACCAAACCCAGAGCCAACUGCGGUCCACCUGAACCUGGUGUGCGGAGCUUCGGCUUCCUGCCCCAGCAUUUAAAAUAUGGAGUUUACUGUCACAAAGUCAGAUGGUAAGAUUUUGACACAGCGUGGGUCAUCCGUUUAAAAUCAUUCAAAACAAAUGUGAAUUUUGGCAGAUGAUAUAGAUUAUGCUUUGAUGAGUCACCUUCUAAUUUUUUUAAUAUAAAAAAAGGGUGUCAGAGUUUUUUUUCUGUGAAUCUGCAAGCCGUAUAUUUGUCUUCAACUAUUCCAUUUUCUGAUUUUUAUGUGUGUAGAAUUGAGCAUUAAACCAAGUGUCACUCAGGGAAUAGGUCUGCAAAACUGCCCUUGGUAAAUUCUCUCAUAUCAACUAAACCAAUGGACCUUCACUGUAUAAUACAUAACAAUGUGUUCUGUCAUCACAUGUACUACACAUGUACUAUAUGUCACAUGUAUUAAAUGUCACAUAUAUAGAUGCAGCAAACAUAUUUUUGCCUUAAAUGACAAAAAGCUUAGCAUAUGUAGUAUCCUACAUAUAGUCACUUGUUUAAUUUUACUAAUUAUACUUAGGCUGUAGUCCAUGCAUUUUUACAGUCUAUUUUCAGAUGUCUUAUUAACUAUCAUUUUAGAUAAUAAAUGUUUUUUUUAAACCA